AUGAUGGACUACGCGCAAUACCAGCAACCACCACAGUCGGCGCAUUCUGGUUACACAAAUUCUGGUCCUGGGAACAACAUCACGUCCCCAACGAGUCACAGCAUACAUCAACACGGCGUUCAGACUUCGCCAAUCCUACCAUCGCAGCACCAAACCUCGACACCGGGACAAGGACACAACAUGUACCAAACUCAGUACGGCGUGCCCCAGCAGGGGAUGCACUACGGAGUACCCCAGAUCCAGGCGGCUGCCAUGGCCGCGACCGCUGCCGCUGCCGGUGGAACGGGCUAUUCAUCAUACAUGCCAUCGGAUCCUAGCCUUCCUCAAAAUUCGCCGAGGAUGACGUCCGGAGGGAAGAAAGACUCGCGCGACCCUCGAUCACCCCAGCAGCUGAAUAAUGUGAAUCAACUGCCCGGACGACGCCUAAGCCAGGUUACCAGCCCUGGUGUCCCGAGCGCGCCAAUGAUGAAUCAUACUGGCGGCCGUUCCGCCGUCGCACCUCCCCCAAUGCCGCCGACACAAUCCAUGCCCCCGCCUCAAUCGCCCGAGAUAGCUGCAGGUGCGGAAGAAUCCCCGUUAUAUGUCAACGCGAAGCAAUUCCACCGCAUCCUCAAGAGGAGAGUCGCCCGGCAACGCUUAGAAGAAGCAUUGCGUCUGACGAGUAAAGGGAGGAAACCUUACCUUCACGAGUCUCGGCAUAAUCAUGCGAUGCGAAGACCUCGAGGUCCCGGUGGGCGAUUCUUAACCGCGGAAGAGGUAGCCGAGAUUGAGAAGAAUAGGUCCACAGGCGAGGAUAAGGAUGGCGGCGUGGGCGAGACGGUGCCUGUCAAAACCGGUUCUAAGAGGAAGUCCGACUCCAAUUCCACGGCGCCAAAUAAGAAAGCUAAGACGCAACCGGUGACGCCUGAUGACGAUGAAGACGAUGACGCCGAAGAUGAUAGCUGA